GAUCUCGCUCGGCUUGCAGUCGGAACCGGGCGCUUCCUUUGCGAUUUGAAUUGCUUAUUUUUCCAUUUAUUGAAGGUUGUUUGGUGCUCGAAGCAUCGAAAUUCCGAUCUACAUCUUGUUCUUGUGCCGGAAGUGAAUAAGAACCAAGCUUCAAAAUGACGAUCGGCAAGAACAACAAGAUGAUCCAGCUCCUGAACUAUCGGGUGCGGAUCGUGCUACAAGAUUCCCGUACCUUUAUCGGGACGUUCAAAGCAUUCGACAAGCACAUGAACUUGAUCCUCGGAGACUGCGAGGAGUUCCGUAAAAUCAAGCCGAAAAACACCAAACUGCCAGAGAGGGAAGAGAAACGUGUCCUGGGAUUCGUUCUGCUUCGAGGAGGGAACAUCGUUUCGCUAACGGUCGAAGGACCACCACCACCCGAGGAAGGUCUUCCUAGGGUACCGAUUCCGGGGGGUGCUCCGGGACCCGGUAUGGGCCGAGUUGCCGGCCGUGGUAUGCCCGCUAACAUUGCGGGUGUCCCGGCUGGGCUUCAGGGACCGGUACGUGGAGUGGGAGGUCCAUCUCAACAGCACAUGGCUCCGGUUGGACGUGGCAAUCAAGUUUCGGCACCACCACAAAUGCGUCCGAUGAUGCCCGGAGGGCCACCACCAGGCAUGAUGGGACCGGGAGGAAUGAACCCAAUGGCCGGUAUGGCACGAGGAGCACCGCCACCACUUCGAGGACCACCACCCGGUAUGAUGCGAGGCGGUCCACCACCCAGACCCUACUAGAUCGAAGGUUUUUUUCGGUACCCGGUAAUUUAGUAUUAAGUUUACUAUCGAAUGAACGAUACACCCUCAUUACCUACUUUCAAUUCCUAACUUUUGUAAAUUCAAUAAAUUGAAAUGCUACCACAA